GCGUGCGCGCUGGCGGAGCCCACGGCCGAGAGCCAGCGGAUGCGGGUGAGGCAGAACUGGCAGCAGCGGUACUGCGAGUUGCCGGCGGACCAGCCCCGGCGCCGCGCGGGCAAUUGCUCCCCGCGGCCGACGAGCCCGAGCCCGGUCACUCACGCCGGCGUCGAGCCAGCCUACAAGGCCGCGAUCUCGCGCGUCCACACGAGGAGCCGCGUGCAGGAGGACCUGGACCACCAGGGCAACGAGCGGCGCUUCGCUGCCGAGCGCGCCAGGCGUCUCAGCAGCGAGGGCAGGUUUGCGGAGCUGUGCCGGCACACCAGCGAGACGCGGCUCGGGCAGUCCCAGGCGGCGCACGACAUCAAGAAGUGCAACCAGUGGUCGUCGUCGGGCAUGGCGGCCGUGCUGUCCCGGGAUUGA